AUGAUUAAAGCAAAGCAGUAGAAAUAGAAAAUAGGUCCAAGAUUCCUUAUUAAAUUGGUAGAGGUGUAUCCCAUCAUUUCAAAAUAAGAAUUGUAAACUGAAUCAUCCAAUGUAUCAGGAUCAUAAUCAAAAAUGAAUGAAUUAAUUUACUCCAUGUCAAAAAACUAGAAGCUAGAAACAUCUAGAAUAAAGCUGUAAAAUAAUGCGAGAUUGGCUGGAGUGUUGAUUUUCAUUAAGGGCAAAUGA